UGGGGCGGGGUUUGCCUGCAGGUCGCGAGCCGGGAUCAGGAAACACCUGAGCUGUACCCGGUCUCUUGUGUAUUUAGUGCCCAGUGGUGUUUUCUGGCUAGAUCCGGUGUCGGAGGUCUGAGGUGUCUUCUCUCCGGGCCUCUUGGGGCAGUCUGGAGGCUGCCGCACCCUGGGCCGCGGCCUGGUGUCCUGUCGUGGGAGCCCCAACUUGCUCCGACCAUGCCCGCGGCCGCCGCCCCCAUCAUCAGCUCCGUCCAGAAGCUGGUUCUGUAUGAGACCAGAGCUAGAUACUUCCUAGUUGGGAGCAAUCAUGCAGAAACAAAAUACCGUGUUUUGAAGAUUGAUAGAACAGAACCGAAAGAUUUGGUCGUAAUUGAUGAUAGGCACGUAUAUACUCAACAAGAAGUGAGAGAACUUCUUGGCCGCUUGGAUCUAGGAAAUAGAACAAAGAUGGGACAGAAAGGCUCCUCCGGGUUAUUUCGAGCUGUUUCAGCGUUUGGUGUUGUAGGUUUUGUUAGGUUUUUAGAAGGCUAUUAUAUUGUGUUAAUAACUAAAAGGAGGAAGGUGGCAGAUAUUGGCGGUCAUGCGAUAUAUAAGAUUGAAGAUACAAAUAUGAUCUAUAUACCUAAUGAUUCUGUACGAAUUACUCAUCCUGAUGAAGCUCGGUAUCUACGAAUAUUUCAAAAUGUGGACCUAUCUAGCAAUUUUUACUUUAGUUACAGCUAUGACUUGUCCCACUCACUUCAGUAUAAUCUCACUGUCUUGCGAAUGCCCCUGGAGAUGUUAAAGUCAGAAACAACCCAGCCUCGCCAGGAGAGUUUUGACAUCUUUGAAGAUGAAGGAUUAAUUACACAGGGUGGAAGUGGUGUAUUUGGGAUCUCUAGUGAGCCUUAUAUGAAGUACGUGUGGAACGGUGAACUUCUGGAUAUAAUUAAAAAUGCUGUGCAUCGUGACUGGCUGUUGUAUAUUAUUCAUGGGUUCUGUGGACAGUCAAAGCUGUUGAUCUAUGGACGACCCGUCUACGUGACUCUAAUAGCUAGAAGAUCCAGUAAGUUUGCGGGGACUCGCUUUCUCAAGAGGGGUGCGAACUGUGAGGGCGAUGUUGCAAAUGAAGUGGAGACGGAACAAAUACUCUGUGAUGCUUCUGUGAUGUCUUUUACUGCAGGAAGUUACUCUUCUUAUGUCCAAGUUAGAGGAUCCGUUCCUUUAUACUGGUCUCAGGACAUUUCAACUAUGAUGCCUAAACCACCUAUUACAUUGGAUCAGGCAGAUCCGUUUGCACACGUGGCUGCCCUUCACUUUGACCAGAUGCUUCAAAGGUUUGGCUCCCCCAUCAUCAUCUUGAAUUUAGUGAAGGAACGAGAGAAAAGAAAGCAUGAGAGAAUUCUGAGUGAGGAGCUUGUAGCUGCUGUGACGUACCUCAACCAGUUUUUGCCUCCUGAACACAUGAUUAUUUAUAUCCCUUGGGAUAUGGCCAAGUACACCAAAAGCAAGCUGUGUAAUGUCCUUGAUCGACUGAACGUGAUCGCAGAGAGCGUGGUGAAGAAAACGGGUUUCUUUGUAAACCGCCCCGAUUCUUACUGUAGCAUCUUGCGGCCAGAUGAAAAGUGGAAUGAACUAGGAGGAUGUGUGAUUCGCGCUGGUCGCCUGCAGACUGGCGUUCUUCGAACCAACUGUGUGGACUGUUUAGACCGCACCAACACAGCACAGUUUAUGGUGGGAAAAUGCGCUCUGGCUUAUCAGCUGUACUCCUUGGGACUGAUCGACAAGCCAAAUCUGCAGUUUGAUACAGAUGCAGUUAGGUUAUUUGAGGAACUCUAUGAAGAUCAUGGGGACACUCUCUCCCUUCAGUAUGGUGGUUCUCAACUUGUUCAUCGUGUAAAAACCUACAGAAAGAUAGCACCGUGGACCCAGCAUUCAAAAGACAUCAUGCAGACCCUGUCUAGAUAUUACAGCAAUGCUUUUUCAGAUGCUGAUAGACAAGAUUCCAUUAAUCUCUUCCUGGGGGUUUUUCAUCCCACUGAAGGAAAACCUCAUCUCUGGGAACUCCCAACAGAUUUUUAUUUGCAUCAUAAAAAUACCAUGAGACUUUUACCAACAAGAAGAAGUUACACUUACUGGUGGACUCCAGAGGUAAUAAAGCAUUUACCGCUACCAUAUGAUGAAGUUAUCUGUGCUGAGAACUUAAAGAAGUUGAUAGUGAAGAAAUUCCACCGAUAUGAAGAAGAGAUUGACAUCCACAACGAGUUCUUUCGACCAUAUGAACUGAGUAGUUUUGAUGAUACCUUUUGCUUGGCUAUGACAAGCUCAGCACGUGACUUCAUGCCUAAGACCAUUGGCAUAGAUCCAAGUCCAUUUACAGUGCGUAAACCAGAUGAAACCGGAAAAUCAGUCUUGGGGAACAAAAGCAAUAGAGAAGAAGCUGUCUUACAACGGAAAACAGCAGCCAGCGCCCCGCCACCCCCCAGCGAGGAGGCUGUGUCCAGCAGCUCUGAGGAUGAUUCUGGGACCGACCGGGAGGAGGAGGGCUCUGUGUCUCAGCGCUCCACCCCAGUGAAGAUGACGGACACAGGAGACAGUGCCAAAGUGACCGAGAAUGUGGUCCAGCCCAUGAAAGAGGUGUAUGGAAUUAACCUCUCAGAUGGUCUCUCAGAAGAGGAUCUCUCCAUUUAUUCAAGGUUUGUUCAGCUGGGUCAGCGUCGACAUAAACAAGACAGGAGCAGCCAGCAGCUCUGUUCCAGGUGCCCAGAUGGAGUUAUAAAACUGUGACUUCAGUUUGUAUGACUGUUUCCUCAUCUGCAAAAUGGGUUGGUAAAGGCACCUACUCUGUAGGAGGGUGGUAAGCUUAAUAAUGCAUUCAAAAUGCUGAGAAACAGUAUCUGGAAAAAGUUCUAUUAGUUCUAAUCAUCACCAACACCACCACCAUCAUCAUCAUCGACUUCAUCAUUAUUCUUGCUUGUUGGGACCAAACAAAGCAAAGGUUGUGACCAGGAAAGGCUCCCGAUGCUAUGUGCUCAGUUGAGUUUCUUCCAGAAAAUGGGUCACUGUGAAUAUUAAAUGAGGUUGUAUACGUGAGGUGUCUAGAUCAGUGCCUUGCCUUUGGUUGAUGCUUAGCAAAUGUUCUCUUCCCUUUUCUCAGAGCAACUUUAUCAGUUUAUUUAAUACACUUUUGAUCAAUAUUGAUGGCCUAACCUUCUCUGUGUACUACAUCUGCAUGUUCCUAAUUGAUAGUUAAGGGACAGUUAUCAUAAUGCAGGCAAAGACUUGAGCCUUGGAGAGUAGUGGCUAGGAGUUAGGAAAUGGAAUAGAUUUGGGGAAUAUUUGGGAGGCAAAAUGGGACUUGGAUACUGACUCAUCAUGGAGGAAGAGAAAGAAGUCCUUAUCAAGAAUGACCCUUCGAUUUUUUGGUUUGUGUAACAAGUUUGAUUGGUUGAUUGAAACAUUUAUUCAUUUGCACAUAGGUACUGAGUAUCUGGACCAUUCCAGGCUUUCAUUUACUGAGGUCAGGCGUGCUGCAGGAGGAUACAGUUUGCACUUACAGCACCAUCCAGAUGGCCAUGUUUAGGAGGCAGUUGGGUCAACUGAUCUGGAAGUUCUGGGGAUACAAAUGGGAUGGUCAUUUCCUUCUGGGGAUGUACAUGCCUGUGGGUGGUAAUUGAAGUCCCUGUCUAGGGCAGGAAAAGAGAAUAGGAAAAGAGAAUAGAGUGAUGAAGGGUAUUCAACUGAGUCUUAAGGGGAUCUGAGUCUAGCAUCUGAGACUGAGAGAAACUUCCAAAGAAGGCAGA